AUGAGUUCCCUCAAACAAUUCAUCCGCAAUGUGCGCGCCGCCAAGACCAUCGCCGACGAAAGAGCUGUAGUGCAGAAGGAGAGCGCGGCCAUCAGAGCCAGCUUUAGGGAAGAGAGCCAUAACUCCGACUUGCGGCGCAACAAUGUCGCAAAGCUGCUAUAUCUCUUCACCCUGGGUGAGCGCACGCACUUUGGACAGAUCGAAUGUCUGAAGCUGCUGGCCUCCCCUCGCUUUGCCGACAAGCGGUUGGGAUAUCUGGGGACGAUGCUGCUUUUGGACGAGAAUCAAGAAGUUCUGACAUUGGUCACCAACUCCUUGAAGAACGACCUCAACCACAGCAACCAGUAUAUUGUCGGCCUUGCACUAUGUACCCUCGGCAACAUCGCCUCGAUCGAGAUGUCUCGAGACCUCUUCCCAGAAGUCGAGACGAUCCUCUCCUCCUCCAACCCGUACAUUCGAAGAAAAGCCGCCCUCUGCGCCAUGCGAAUAUGUCGAAAAGUUCCGGACCUGCAAGAGCAUUUUGUGGAUAAAGCGAAGCUGCUACUGAAUGAUAGGAAUCACGGCGUACUUCUGAGCGGUUUGACACUUGUCGUCAGCAUGUGUGAGGCUGAUGAGGAAGAAGGCGGAGAACAGGGCGUUGUCGAGAUGUUCAGACCGCUUACUGGAAGCCUGGUCAAGGUUCUUAAAGCCUUGUCCCAGUCCGGCUACGCACCAGAACAUGAUGUCACUGGUAUAACAGAUCCUUUUUUGCAGGUCAAGAUCUUGCGACUUCUCCGAGUGCUGGGCAGGGGAGAUCCGCAGACGAGCGAACAGAUCAACGAUAUUCUCGCCCAGGUGGCCACCAACACUGAGUCCUCGAAGAAUGUGGGCAACUCCAUCCUUUACGAGGCUGUGCUCACCAUCUUGGAUAUCGAGGCUGACUCUGGACUUCGUGUCUUGGGUGUCAACAUCUUGGGCAAGUUCCUUUCCAACCGAGACAACAACAUCCGCUACGUGGCGCUUAACACUUUGAUCAAGGUAGUGGCUAUCGAACCGAAUGCAGUGCAGCGGCAUCGAAACACCAUCUUGGACUGCUUGCGCGACCCUGACAUCAGCAUACGGAGACGAGCACUGGAUCUCAGCUUUACUUUGAUCAAUGAGUCGAACAUCCGCGUCCUGAUUCGAGAACUACUCGCUUUCCUCGAAGUGGCAGACAACGAGUUCAAGCCGGUCAUGACCAGUCAGAUCGGCGUUGCAGCAGAUCGUUUUGCGCCUAACAAAAGGUGGCACGUCGACACUAUGCUCCGGGUGCUCAAGCUGGCUGGAAACUACGUGAAAGAACAGAUUCUGUCUUCAUUCGUGCGACUGAUUGCAACCACGCCAGAGCUGCAGACAUACUGCGCUCAAAAGCUCUAUGCUGCGCUCAAAGACGACAUCAGCCAAGAAGGUCUGAACCUUGCUGGCGCCUGGGUCAUUGGAGAGUACGGCGACGCUCUGCUUCAAGGGGGCUCUUACGAAGAGGAGGAGCUCGUCAAGGAGGUGAAAGAAAGUGAAAUUGUAGACCUGUUCACCACCAUCCUCAACUCGAGCUACUCCGGCCAGAGCGUUACUGAAUAUAUCAUCACAGCCGCCAUGAAGCUUACUACACGACUUCGGGAGCCAGCACAAGUUGACCGACUUAGAAGACUGCUACUCAGCCGACAGGCAGAUCUCGACGUGGAAAUUCAACAACGAGCCGUAGAGUACGGGAACCUAUUUGGCUACGACACAGUCCGACAGGGUGUACUGGAGCAUAUGCCGCCACCAGAGAUUCGAGAAGAACAGCGGGUGCUUGGUGAAGCGACAAAGAAAAGACACAGCAAAUUGCCUGCCAAGAAGAAGCCAAGCCAAAUCACAGAGCAAGAUAUGCUGCUCGAUCUCAUGGGUGGAGACUCCGGGAUGUCUACGACAGACACGAGCACAACGAUCAACGGAUCACAGAACAACAACGCCGAUCUCCUGGCCGAAAUUCUUGGUGGUAACGAUACAGUCUCGUCACCGGUGCAACAGACAAGUUACAGUGGCAUGAAUGGCCAGACGAAACCGCAGAGCAACAUGGAUUCCAUCAUGGACUUGUUUGGUUCCCAGCCGUCCGGUCAAUCGCCUGCAGCACAGUCGCCGCAACAAUCAUCAGCAGCCUCCAACGACAUCCUUGGCGGAUUUGGGGGUUCUCCGCCUCCAGCAGCACAAGCACACACCGCCUACAACAAGGACGAUCUGCACGUCACCUUCAGCCUACAGCGGAAUGCUCAGGCCGUUCAGGUCAACGCCAAGUUCAGGAACACCAGCAACUUCGAGUCGUUCAGCUCCGUCAACCUGCAAGCUGCCGUUCCAAAGACGCAAAAGCUACAAUUGCAGGCGAUCAGUUCGUCUGACUUGGAGGGAGGACAAGAAGCGACGCAGCAAAUGCGCAUUACAAGUGUUUCAGGGCCACCUCCAGCCAGACUCCGGUUACGUUUGAAGCUUUCAUAUGCCAAAGGUGGUUCUGCGCCCGUCACUCAGCAGGUCGACUGGUCUGAGCCGACGUAG